AUCAUAUAUUUUUAACUCCACAUAUAUGCACUUCUUUGCUUGUCUGCCCUUCCUCGGCUUCCUCUCUCCCUCUCUCCCUGUUUUUUCCCUUCAUGUCCUCCGCCUCCUCUCUAUCUAUCUUUCUCUCUGUUUCUCUUUGAGUUCCCAUGUCUUGCUGGAUGGGAUGGUGAGAAAGCCAUUGUUGAUGAAACUAUUGACUGACAAGAUAACAUCCCUUUAAAAGAAAAACCAAGGAUCCCACCUUUUAACUCGUUAAGGUUCUACAUAGUUGUACCAACAAGUGUUUUUGCUUGGUUAUAAUGAUGAGAUGGAUUGGUUGUUGGAUCCGGGUACAACUGUUCCUGCUAUUGUUGUUUGUUGGUGAUGGUCAUGAUGAGAAGGAGGAGACAUGAACAUGGGUUUUGCUUGCUUUUGUAUCAGAGAGUAAGCCCAGAUUGUGUUCCUUUAAGCAAUGGCAAAAAACCCAAUGGAGUUGAGAAUGGAAGGUCAAUCCCAAAUGGAUUCAGUUCCACAAGUACUAAUUUUGAAACUAAAGCUUUCAGAUUUAGAUCCCCAUCGAGAAACCAAGACCACCACAAUAACAGUACAACCAGUCCUCCACAUUCAGAUAACAGCCACAAUCACACACAAAGACAUGGCACCAGUCCAAGUCCUAGCCCAAGCCGUGUUGGCAACGGUGACGUGCUGUUGCAAUGGGGACAAAAGAAGAGAGCUAGAGUUUCAAGGUCUGAGAUCAGGGCCUUUCCUGAUGAAUCGUCAUCUUCUGGUCAAGCUAGACAACCCAUCAACAAGAUUCCUAGGAGAGUUGAUAAUAAGCUCUCUCCAUCGUCCAUGCCACCACCGCCUCCACCACCAUCAUCCCAACAACAAUCUACCAGUACUAAUACCAGAGGUGGAAACUUAAAGAAAGAAAAUUCUGGGAUUCUUUCUCACAGGAAUUUAGAAAAGCGAUCGGGUGCUGGUAAUGGGUCCCCAUCAAGAAAUAGUGGUGGCAGUGGCAAGGUUGUUUCUAGAUCUACUGCAGGAAAGAGAUCUCCUCCAACACCAGAAAAUAUUGAUAGAAAGAUGCCUAGCUCUAGGUCAGCAGCAAAAGAUGAGAAACCAAAUGGAUCCAUAGUAGUAGCCGAUCAUCAAACGAGGCAAGUUGAUUCCACUCGGGCUCAAUCAGAAAAGGAAGCCGGGGCUACAAAUAGUAACCCUGCCUCAGUACCAGUAGUAGCUAGCGGAGGAGAAAAGGUGAAUAACAAUGAAGUCAUUGAGUGGCCAAGAAUUUAUAUUGCUCUGUCAAGGAAGGAAAAGGAAGAUGAUUUCUUCGCAAUGAAAGGCACAAAACUGCCCCAAAGACCCAAAAAAAGGGCCAAGAACAUUGAUAAAGCACUUCAGUAUUGUUUUCCAGGGAUGUGGCUCUCUGACUUGACAAAGAGUAGGUACGAGGUUAGAGAGAAGAAAUGUGUGAAGAAGCAAAAACGAAGAGGGUUGAAGGGGAUGGAGAGCAUGGACAGUGAUUCCGAGUAGUGGGCAGUAAAUACUUUUCUAAUCACGAGAGAGAGAGAGAGAGAGAGAGAGAUGGAGAAGCUAAGCAGAAGCCCCUUUCAGUCUGUCAACGCUGGUGUUUUUUCUUUUUUAUUAUUAUUAUUAUUAUUAUUAUUAAUGCAUAGUGGGUAGGGUCCACCCACUCUAAUUUGAAGUUUUACCUGCCCAGCUGGUGAUGACAUCACUAGCAGAGAGGAAAGCGGGGAGGCUUAAAUCUUAAUGUGGUAGGGCUCUUGUGGUGGCCCUGGUGGGUCAAAUGCCAUGAUCCAUCCAGCAGCAACAGAUGGAUAGAGGCAUGAAGCCAGUGACAGCAUAUCCAUAGCCAUAGCUGAAUGGUUUCACGAGAUGGGUUGGUCCAGCAAGCGAACUCACAAGCUUAUGGAAGACAGGAGGAGGAUCUUCUCGUUUUUUGUUUUAGGGUCAAAAGUUUUGAUUUUAAAUUCUUUGGUUCAUACUCCUGUACAAAACUGCUCCUGCAUUUUUCCCAACGUCAAUUUCAAAGCAGUUUUUAGGUUUUC